AACAAGACACAAGUCUACUAGCGUUUUAUUCUUUCCUGUAAAUUACUUGUGUUAUAGCGUCUUUGGUGGCAACUAGUUAAAAAAAAUCGGUAAAGCGAGUCCAGCUUAGUGUUCUCGUAACCAGAAAAACGUCGAGGAAAGUGUCUUUUAAGGGAAAAACUCUAUUCCAAAAUGGAAUCACAUGAGAAGGAGAAUAAGUUCAGGUUCGCUAUCGACAAUGCGGCCUUUGAAAUGACGAGCGACGUUUCAUCAGCUAAAGAGACGGCCAGUCCUAGAAGACUGAAGGACCUAGACGACCUGUUCCCGUACAUCGGUGACUUCGGUUGGUACCAGAGGAUCCUCUUCAUUCUCAUGAUACCCUUCGGCUUCUUCUUCGCCUUCGUCUACUUUUCGCAAAUCUUCAUGACGAUAGUACCCGAGCAGCACUGGUGCCGAGUGCCGGAACUUAGUAAUCUGACUGUAGAAGAAAGGAAACAUUUGUCAAUCCCACUUCUGGAAGACAACAAAUACGACAGAUGUCAUGUGUACGAUGUAGACUGGCAGAAGAUUCUGGAGAAGGGAGUUACAGAACCGGAUAAGAGCUGGCCGAUAAAGAAGUGCCAAGAACAAUGGGAAUUCAACUUUACCGAUGUCCCGUAUGAAACAAUUGCUACACAGCUGGGCUGGGUAUGCGACAAAGACAACUAUCCUGCGACUGCGCAAUCAGUCUUCUUCUGUGGCGCCAUCGUUGGGGGCUUGCUGUUCGGAUGGAUUGCGGAUAAGUACGGGAGAAUACCAGCAUUAGUUGGUACAAAUAUGACGGGUUUUUUCGCUGGCGUGGGCACUGCGUUCUCCAAUAGCUUCUGGUCGUUCUGCCUGUGCCGGUUCCUGGUCGGCCUCGCCUACGACAACUGCUUUGUUAUCAUGUAUAUUGUUGUGGUAGAAUACGUGGGUCCGAAAUGGCGUACGUUUGUGGCGAACAUGUCGAUAGCAGUGUACUUCACAUUCGCGGCCUGCUUGCUACCCUGGAUUGCGCUCGCCGUCGCCGACUGGAAGAUCUAUACGCUCAUCACCAGCGUACCACUCGUGCUUUCCAUCUUCACACCCUGCGUGGUACCAGAAAGUGCUAGGUGGUUGAUAUCACAGGGGCGAUUCGACGAAGCGAUCAAGAUUCUAAAGAAGUUCGAGAGAGUCAAUGGGAAAAAAAUACCGGAAGGAGUGUUAAAGGAAUUUAAGGAGACGGCAUCAGAAAUAGCGAGAUCCGAGCAAGAGGUGAAGAACUACUCAGUACUGGACCUAUUCCGUACGCCGCGGAUGCGACGUAACAGUAUACUGCUGCUAUUUAUCUGGAUGUCGAUCGCGAUGGCGUUCGAUGGUCACGUGAGGAACGUCGGCUCUCUCGGCCUCGACAUCUUCCUCACCUUCACCGUCGCCACCGCUACCGAGUUCCCUGCUGAUGUACUGCUUAUUCUCACACUGGAUAUAGUGGGACGUCGCUGGCUGGCGUUUGGAUCCAUGGUGAUAAGUGGAAUAUUCAGCUUACUGGCUACCACUGUACCAUUAGGUAUCCCCUCAGCAUCGCUGGCGAUCGUGGGUCGGUUCUCAGUAAACAUCUCGUAUAACAUUGGCAUGCAAUAUGCGGCCGAGCUGCUGCCUACGGUGGUGCGCGCGCAGGGCCUCGCCCUCAUUCACAUGACCGGCUAUAUUGCUACCAUACUCGUGCCCUAUAUUGUCUAUAUGGCGACUAUAGCGACUGAGAUCCCACUGCUGAUCUUAGGGACGAUAGCAAUAGCCGGAGGCUGCUUGUGCAUGUGCCUGCCGGAGUCCACGGGCAAGGACAUGCCGCAGACCCUGCAAGAUGGAGAAGACUAUGGCCGGGGACAGAAGUUCUGGGAUAUGCCCUGCUUCAACAGAAAAGCCAAGCGCGGGAAUGCUGACCUCAGUUGAAAUGCCAAAAAUAAAUGCAAUUUGAAAGUGUU